AUGAUAACCGAGUGGGGCCCUUCUGUCCUUAGGAAAGGCUGCGAGCUUGGAGGUGAUUCUUCAGACCUGCUGUUGUUGAAGCUUGCCAGGGCAAACGCACCAAAGUUAAACUUUGGAGGCAGCACUGCAACUCAAGCUACUGGAAUCACAGGGGGCUUUGGAUUUGGUAGCUCUGUACCAACCAGCGUGCCCUCAAGUCAAGCGGCAACCGCUUCUGGCUUUGUGUUUGGAUCUGCUGGCACCACCACCACCACCACUGCCGCCACCACCGCCGCCGCUCAGUCUGGGACAACUGGAGGGUUUACUUUUUCCAGUGGUACCACAACUCAGGCCGGAACAGCCAGCUUCAGCAUUGGCACCGCAGCUCCGCAAGCAGCGCCCGCAGGGUUGACCUUUGGAGCAGCGCCUGCCGCUGCUGCCACCACUGCUGCCACCUUAGGAGCUGCGACCCAGUCAACAGCCCCCUUCAGCCUUGGAGGGCAGUCAGCAGGUCUAAAUUUUGGGUCAUUGCCUUCAACAGCGGCCACUAGCACACCCACGGCAACGCUGACCACUAGUACCAGCCAGGGACCUGCUCUGUCCUUUGGAACCAAACUUGGAGUAACAUCCACGGCAGCUACAACUGCCUCUACCACCACGACGUCCAUUCUUGGGUCAACAGGGCCUACGUUGUUUGCAUCAGUGGUGAGUUCUUCAGCACCAACAUCGUCUACCACCACGAGCCUGUCACUUGGUGCCCCGUCCACUGGGACAGCCAGUCUUGGAAC